AUGGCGCCUGUCCCCGAGUCACAAGACGGCAAUUAUGACGACUACUUCGAACCAACACAGCUCUCUCAGCCCUUUCGGGCUUCUCAACGCAACACGCAGCCAGAGAACUCUCAGAUUGAGCCAAGGCGCAAGUAUUGGGCUGUAUUCAUCCCUAUCAACUCCGAUCACUCCAUUAUCAAGCUGUCUUGGUCCAAGACACUCCUCAAGAUUGGACGUCACCCCGCAAGCGAUGUCCAUUUGAAAGAGAAGCGUGUAUCCAACAACCACUGCACGAUAUCCCUUGGCAUAAAGGAGCUCAAGAGCGCGCGUAUGGGCAUGGGGGAGGACGACCUUCUUCACGAAUUGCGCUUCCGCGAGGAAGCGCCCGAUGUGUGGCUUGAGGAUUCUGGCAGCAGCAACGGCACUUUCGUGAACGGGACACGCUUGACGAAGGGGAAGCGCCGACUGCUUCAGCAUGGUGACGAGAUCUCCCUUGGCCAUAAAGAGUCCAUUGACUCGCACGACGUGCGAUACAUCUUCCGCUCUGUUGGCACUCGCAAUACGAAACGCGAGGAAGGUAAGGUCGGUGAGGUGUAUCAGCGAUACCAGUUCCUGGAACAACUGGGUAAGGGAACGUUCGCCGAAGUCAAGAAGGCAGUCGACCCCGAAACUGGUGACAUGCGUGCGAUCAAGUUGAUCACCAAACACCGAUUCAACUAUGACCCCAAGACUCUCAAGCUCUUCGAGCGAGAAAUCAGCAUCUGCACCAGUCUUGUCCACGAGAAUGUUUGCCGCUUGGUCGAGUGGUACGAGGAUCCCCAGCAUAUUGCAUUGGUACUAGAAUACGUCGACGGUGGCGACUUACUGAGCUACAUCAUGAACUACAAGGACAGCGACAUGUCUCCUUGCCCAAUACCGGAAGAAGAAGCCACCGAUCUGACCUUCCAGAUUUGUCGAGCGAUGGCCUUUUGCCACGAGAAGGGUGUUACGCACCGCGACUUGAAACCAGAGAACAUCUUAGUGACAAGCAAGAACGAGAGCACGGAACGACUCAUCAAAAUUGCUGACUUCGGGCUCGCCAAGAUGAUCACGGUUGAGGACAAGACUAUGCUCAAGUCGCUCGUCGGCACGCCACAGUACCUCGCACCGGAGGUGGUCAUGCAGUCUACGGUGUCUCCAGGGUACGAGAACGUUUGCGACUCGUGGUCUAUCGGCGUCAUCGUCUACGCCAUGCUCACCAAGAACCUGCCUUUCGACGACAAUAGCGAGCUCUCCAUCGCCGAUCGCAUCAAAGCCCGUGCUACACUCGAAUUCGACCGCACGGAGCUGGAACGGUACAACAUCUCGUCAGCCGGACAAGACUUCAUCGAGCGCCUACUGGAGCCAGAUCCGACUAAGCGCAUGACAAUGGACCAAGCCCUCUUGCACGAGUGGCUGUCUGGCCCGUCAUCACUUCCUAGCGAGCCAUCACAGUCGCAAGCACUCUUCGGCGACUCCAUGUGGAAUAUCCAGGAGUUCGGUUCUGAAUUCGGGGGAACAAGCGACGGCGGCGAGAACAUGGAGAUGGACGCCGAUGCCGUACGCUCCGACUGGACACGUCCAGCGACUAUGAGUGCGACCAACUUUGGCAGCGCAGCCAUGGUUGCGAGCAUGGUUCCGACCCCGGGUGCGGACAUGGUUGUGAGCGUGGGCGAGAUCAAGAAAGCUUCCAGUGUGUCCAGCACUGAGAGCUUCUCGCAGCCAAUGGAGAACCUUAGACUCACCACUGCCAAAGUCGACGAAUUGCUUCAAAGUCGCGCCGAGGCGACGGAAUCGCCCCCUUUUCGCACAAACGGAACUGUCGAGAUGAGAGACGCGACGCCCACGCCGGGGAACAUCCACGGCUCGUCACCCAAGCACGCGCCCAUGGACCUGGACUCGUCGGCUGUGACGAUCGGGACGAAGCGCAAGCUCCCGCUCAGCAGCAAUGAGAACCCGUUCUCGUCCGGUUCUCUGUCGCCGCCUCCCGAGGCAGCGAAGGCGACCGCGACUCCGAAGAAGAAACCGUCGCCGCCAAAGAAGUCGGGGAAGAAGGCGACGCCGAAGAGGGUGUCGCCCUCAACCGCCGCAAACAGAAGAACCCCGGCCAAGGCGCCGGGUGGUGCACGGGGUGACCGGGACACUACGCCGCGCGCCGAGGCCGUCGGCCAUGGGCGCCUGACGCGUGCUACGACAGCGCGCUUGACGGCGCAGCAGCAGUCGCCCUCAAGCCGCACGCGCUCGCAUGUGACGAAAGCUGCGGAAGCGCGGGGCACCAAAAGCCGGCGCUUGGAGUAG